AUGUCCGAAUACCGUAGUACAAUCUCGGCCCGUCCGGGCUUCAAUCGUACUAUAAACUCGAAUGCCGCGAAUAGUUUCAGUAGCAUGCGUAAGUUUCUGCAUUUCCUUUCGAAAAUCCCCAAAAAAAUCUUAAAAUCACGAGCUAGCUUGAACCACUACUAG